AUGCCUCUAUCAAAUAGUCAUCUAUUGGGGAAGAAGUCAUGGAACGUCUACAAUCCAGAAAACAUCGCUCGCGUCCGGCGCGACGAAGCGCAAGCCAAAGCCAGAGAAGAGGAAGAAGAACGGCACAUGCAAGAGAUUGAUGCCGAGCGCAGAAUUCAGAUCCUCCGCGGCGAACGGCCCUCUACCCCACCACCACCCCCGCGCUCGGUGCGGUCCGACUCACGACGUGACAAAUCUCAUAGGGAAGAUAUUGGAGGACACAGGAAGCGGAGGCGACUGGCCGGGGAAAAUGACACCGAUCGAGAUAUCAGACUUGCAAGGGAGGAUGCCGAGAUGAUGCUUACGAAGCGGGAGGAGCUCGCUGCGCCCAGGACCAGCGACGCACCGAUUCUGGAUAGCGCGGGGCAUAUCAACCUGUUUCCUACCGAGGUGGCACAAAAGCCCACGGAGAAGAAUACAGAUGCCGAAAAGGAGCGGGCUGAGAAGAACCGGAGUUACGAAGAUCAGUACACUAUGCGCUUCUCGAAUGCAGCUGGAUAUCGUCAGUCGGCUGGGCAGAAGCCGUGGUACUCUGCUUCCGGCAAUGACGUUUUGGCACCUGAUGCCAUGCCUGAGAAGGAUGUUUGGGGUAACGAGGACCCUCUGAGGCAACAAAGAGAGAGGGCCCGGUUAGAUGCCAACGACCCGCUUGCGAUGAUGAAGAGAGGUGUUCGUCAGUUGAAGUCGGUCGAAACUGAGCGGAAGAAAUGGAACGAGGAAAGAAGUCGAGAAUUAGAAGCUCUGAGGGCAGCGGAGAAACAACGAUUGCGUCAUCGGAGAAGACGUUCGCGGUCCCGAUCGCCGGCGUCUAGUUGGAUGGAUCUGACAGACAUCACGAAGAUUCAAAAAGGGCGCAUCGGCAUCGUCGACGUCAAAAUCAUCGAGAUAGGAGCCGCGAACGUUCACGCCGGCACCAUCGUUCUCGGUCUCCUUCGCGCCAUCACCGCGAUCGUCAUGAUCAUGAGCGAAAGAACUACUAGGCAUGCUCAUGAGACCCAGUCGCGUGAAUGA